CUCAAAUCCAGCGAACCCAAAAACCAAUAUCUCUAGCCUCUAUUCUUAUAUGGCAACACAACUCAUCACUCUUAACUCUGAUUUGUCUCAUUUCGCAUGCUAAUAACUCAGUGCAAGCGUGACUGAAAUUAUGAGGAAUCAAUUUUCUUCUUCAUCUUUUAUCAGUAAUCUUCCAAGUCAAACUCCCAGAAACUAUGCUUACAAGUGGGAUUUCUGGAUUGGUUCACCUCCAAUCCACCCUCUUUAUAAGCACCACCUUCUUAACACAACUUCACUAUCAUCGUACACCUUGACCUUGCACUCACAGUCUUCACUUCUGUAACCAUGGUUGCUCACCACCGAAGCAUGGCCUUUCAACGAAAUGAUCUCCCUCAGAUUGGUCUCUAUGACGAGAUUUCUUGUGACUCUCUUCCAGAAGGAUGGAUUGUCGUAAAUGAAAUUAAUGAAGAUGGCAUCGUGGAGUAUUUCCUCAACCUGAAAGCGAACAAGACAGUCCACACAAGGGAAGAGCUUAUUCGUUAUGUGGCAUAUGCACAAGCACCGCAGUUGCAGAAUAAUUACGUCCCUAUCGCCCCUGCCCCUGCGCCUGUGCCGGGCAUGGGUCAGCCACAGCCAAUGAUAUUGCCACCUACAGUGCGCUGCGGUCGAUGCGGAGGCGUUGGACACCUGGUACACCAGUGUCAAUUGGCUGGUCCAUAUGUUAAGGCAAUGCAUGCGCUGUAUCAGUCAGUUGCUUAUAGGAAAGGCAAGGGAAAUCACAGGAGUACUUACCAGUGUAGCCGCUGUGGUCAAUAUGGACAUAACAGACGCAGCUGCCUUCGACCUUGGUCGCGCCCACCCCCAACCUAAAACCGAAUCGCAGCCGAAACCCCAAACCCAACCGAAAUGCAAACCCCAACCCUAUGGAAUUUAGUAUGAUAAAGCCGUGUCUGUGGUUGGGAGGUUGGUUUUAAGUUAUGUAUGAGUGGAACUCUUUGAAGUUCUGUUAUAUAUUUGCAGCUAAUUAAAACAGUCUGAAUAAUGACUUUCUUGUGUUGUUCCGCCAUGGAAGAACUGAAAUAAGUUUGAAAUUGAAUUGGUAAUAAAGCUGCUUCAUUUAAAUUUUUAUUUAUUAGAAUAGAAUAUGAGUUGCAGGUUUUUGAUAUAUUUUAUGUGGAUGGAUUUGAAAUAUACAAUUCUAACUCAAGCUUUAUAUUCUAAUCUCUAUCUCCUACACCUCGCCCUGUAAUCUCUCAUCUUUGUCUCCUUCACCUUCUGCUCUGGAAUCCGCUCUAAUCUGUAUUCUCUUAUGUCUCUGAAAAUUGGAAACCCUAGGUUGGCUUUACAACCUAACAGCUCAUCUUUGUACAACCCUUACUCAAUCACACCUCACAUAUCAUCCUCAAUUGUACACCUCAUCCUCAGUCGUUGAUCUCAGUGAUUGCUUCAUCACAACAAAUCACUCAUCCAAUGGCGGCAGCUUCUUGGCCUACUUUCCUCCACCU